AAGACGUACAGGAUGAGCCAUCGGCCAAUCAGAGAGAGGUGCCGUGAGGUUUGUGUCGCCCACGGUGUUCACUUGAAUUCCAUUGCCGUCCAUUAAAACAUCCGAGUUGGAAAAUCCAACAUUAAAGUAGCCCCGGGAUUAAACAUCACGCUGCGGCGUGGGCGCUCGGAUGCGAGAGCUUUUUCAGGAAUAAGGAUUAAAUGUCGCGUAAAGCUGCCGUAUGUGUAAGACACGCGUGUUCAGUGGUGCCGUGACCGUCUGUGUGUCCUGCAGACACCCAACAAACAGUGGAUAAAAAUCCGCCUGUGUCCUGUGUUCGUCGCUGCUGUGUCCUGUGGCUGAAUAUCCGCCGGGGUGCGGAUGUGAUUACACGACCAUGGGUCCGGCCGGCUGCUCCCACGUGAACGGCUUUAAAGUGGACAACUGGAAGCAGAACCUGCGUGUUAUUUACCAGUGCUUUGUGUGGAGCGGCUCGGCUGAAACCAGGAAACGCAAGGCCAAGUCAUGUAUAUGUCACAUGUGCGGCGCUCAUCAGAACCGACUACACUCAUGUCUCCACUGCGUCUUCUUCGGCUGCUUCACAAAGAAACACAUCCACGAGCAUGCCAAAACCAAGAGACACAAUUUAGCUAUAGACCUUUUGUAUGGAGGAAUAUACUGUUUUGUGUGCCAAGACUACAUAUAUGAUAAAGAUAUGGAACAGAUUGCCAAAGAAGAACAAAAGAAAGCAUGGAAACUGCAAGGAAUCGGAGAGAAAUAUUCGACGUGGGAACCUACAAAGCGAGAGCUGGAGCUACUGCGACACAACCCUAAACGAAGGAAGAUCACCGCAAACUGCACCAUAGGUCUGAGGGGUUUGAUAAACCUGGGCAACACAUGCUUUAUGAACUGCAUUGUCCAGGCUUUGACUCACACCCCGCUGCUGAGGGACUUCUUCCUGUCUGACAGACACAAGUGUGAGAUGCAGGCCAACUCCUGUCUUGUGUGUGAGAUGUCCCAGCUUUUUCAGGAGUUCUACUCGGGACAUCGCUCUCCUCACAUUCCCUUUCGGCUGCUGCACCUGGUGUGGACACACGCACGUCACCUGGCUGGGUACGAGCAACAGGAUGCACACGAGUUCCUCAUCGCAGCGUUGGAUGUGCUGCACCGUCACUGCAAAGGGGAUGACAACGGGAAGAAGGCCAACAACCCCAAUCACUGCAACUGCAUCAUUGACCAAAUCUUCACCGGAGGCUUGCAGUCAGACGUCACGUGUCAAGUCUGCCAUGGUGUAUCAACAACAAUAGACCCUUUCUGGGACAUCAGCUUGGACCUUCCUGGUUCGUCUACGCCGUUCUGGCCACUCAGUCCUGGCUCUGAUGGGAGCGUGGUGAACGGAGAGAGCCAUCUAAGUGGAGCUACCACACUGACGGACUGCUUACGCAGAUUCACACGACCCGAGCACUUAGGAAGCAGUGCCAAAAUCAAAUGCAGCGGUUGCCAUAGUUACCAGGAAUCCACCAAGCAGCUGACAAUGAAGAGGCUCCCCAUUGUGGCAUGCUUUCACCUCAAAAGGUUUGAGCAUUCGGCAAAACUUCGAAGGAAAAUCACCACGUACGUCUCGUUUCCAUUAGAGCUUGAUAUGACUCCCUUCAUGGCCUCCAGUAAAGAAAGCCGGAUGAACGGACAGUACCAGCAGCCAGUAGAUUCAUUAAACAACGAUAAUAAGUAUUCUCUCUUUGCUGUAGUGAAUCACCAGGGCACACUGGAGAGCGGCCAUUACACCACGUUCAUCCGCCAGCAUAAGGACCAAUGGUUUAAAUGUGACGACGCCAUCAUCACUAAAGCCAGCAUUAAGGACGUGCUGGACAGUGAAGGGUAUCUGCUGUUUUAUCAUAAACAGUUCCUUGAGUAUGAGUAACCUCCAAAAUCAGAUGUUUCAGAUGGACACCUAAAGAGAAGGACCAGAAGAGUGAAUGGGAUGGAGAAAGAAAAGCAAAGCAGGCAGUCAGGCUCACACAAGUACAGCUGGGGGCGGCAGAAACAGCAAAAACACGCACAACUACUAUCAUUAUUCCUAGCGUAAAUCAAAUAAUAAAAUAACCAAAUGCAUAGCUAACUAGCUGAGAAGUGAGUGGAGUGACAGAAGAUGAAGCUAAGGUCUGUUUCAUGUGAGAAGACAGGAUGGUAGGGCAGUUUAUCUAGCUCAGCCUCAGUUUUAUGCCUCUUCUCCCCCCCACCCCCCACCCACACACACACACAUUUGAUUGAUUUUUCUUUAGUCCAUGAUCCGGUUUCCUCGUGACCUCAGAAUGACCAAGCAUUUCAAACACCACACCCCACAAGGAAAGAUCUUUCUCUUUAUUUCAUGCAUUAUUAGCCCAAAUGCAAACAGAACAAAACUAUAUGGUACCAAGCAUUCUGUGGAAAUUGUUGAUGGAAUUCACAGAAUGUAAAAACUGUUUGAAAACACUGUCCACCUGUAAAGUCCUGCACAUGUUUCUCCCCCAUCUGGCUGGGUGAAGUGAUGGAGCGUGAAUAAGGUCGGCACGUCGCACACAUCAGUUCUCUUGAUUCUUUCUCUCACACUGCAUUUGUUUUAUUUUUUAUUUAUUUUUUUUUUUUGUCUUUUAUGAUCGAGGGCAGGGAAAUAUCAAGUGUGUAUAUAUGUACAUCUAUUUUUAUAAGACAUUGAACUCUUGUUUGAGAUACUUUCCCCACCUGCAUCCUUGUCACUCACAUUUUUGCUGUUUUUUUUUUUUUUUUUUUUUUUUUAAAGAAAUGCAGCUACGUCUCAUGUGUCUUUAACUGAAAAUUUAGUUAUUGUGAAUUGUUGGAAGUUCGGAGGGCAAAGGCUUCUCGUCAAGGUUUGGUGAUGCGUUAUGGACACGGAACGUUCUCAUAUGGUGUGUCCUGACGUGAUUCAGCAGGGGUGUGUGCGUGCGCGUGUGUGUGUGUGUGUGUGUGUGUGUGGUUGAAUCAGUACUUAAACUUGGCAUGCUGUCUAAACUGGAUUGUAAAAGACUUUGGGGAAGAGUAAGGUUUUUAUAAAUGUUAAUCAUGUAUGUAUGUAUAGUAUGUAUCAUAUGUAUGUAUAUAAAACAGAUCAAUGAACAA